AUGAUUGUUUUCGGUUUCGUACUUCUUCGGAAUUGUUCACUCUUCCCACAUUGCAGUGGUUUUUUGCCCUCGUUACAAUAUAUCGUCCUUUAUCGUGGAGCUUAUUAUGGCCUAUUUGAUUCGGCUAAGGCACGAUUCAAAUCCGAUGCGAGCAACGAUAUAAGUUUCACAUGCGCCUUUUUAAUUGGCCAGGUUGUAACAUUUACAGCAGCUCUAAUUUCAUACCCGUUGGAUACGGUUCGAAGACGUCUAAUGAUGCAAGCUGGUCGCCACGAUACACUGUACAGGGGAGUAUGGCACUGUACUACGAAAAUCUGGCACGAAGAAGGCUUCCGUGCAUACUUCAGUGGAAUGUGGGUGAAUACAAUACGUGGCACGGGCGCCGCUCUAAUCCUUGCAUUUUAUAAUGAAUUUUCGAAGUAUGUAUAG